CGCCGCAUCGCAUCGCAUCGUCUCGUCGCACUCCGCACGGCCCACACGACGUCGCCGCCGCCGCCGCCGUCGUCGUCGUUGUCCGCGUUUCUGUGUGUCCGUGUGCGUGUGUGUGAGAGUGUCAGCAACCAGCCGCCACCGUGAGCCGCGCGCAGCAGUCACACACCGCUUCAGUACGCGGUCCGCCGUCUGUUGUGUUCGGCCGCACGUCGUUACAACGCGUCGUUGUCGUCGCCGCCGCCGUCUGUUUGUCCGUUGUCGCGUUACUAUUCAUCGGCAGUGCGUUUCCUCCUCCGCCGCCUCCUCACCGGAAACACGAAACGAUAAUAGUUAUCCAUAAUAUUCGCGUCCGUCGUCGUAUGUUAUAUUAUCGAUUCGUUAUUUAUUAUACGACAAAAUUAUUGUGUGGUGGUGUUCGAGGAAAAUACAAUUUUUGGAUUCGUCGUCAAAUCGAUUCGAUUUUUUUGAAAAAAAAAUUGUUUGUGUUUCGCUUGUGCGUGCGUUUUUUUCCGUCGUCGUGUCGCUUGUUGCGCGUACCCUAUAUAUCAAUACUAAUGCGAAUUGUUCAACGCCGACCACCCGCACCAGUGCUGCAGGACGGUUAAAUAUAUAAUAUUAAUAAUAAUAACAAAACAAAAUUGUAGAUCCGAUUCCGAAUUUUUGCCCGAGUGAUAUUCCACUCAAAUUCCUCGUGCGUGUUCCGAUUUCGACUAUUUGAUGGUUAUACACGGAGCCGCCACGGGAAUCGUUCCAGCCGACAUUCAUCGGACCACUGAAUCGUUAUACAAUACCGGUAAUGGCAGAGUGAUCGGCGCCCCGCUACGCAUGCGCCGUCCAGAAGACCAAUCGCCGAGCGCCGCUAGUGCCGGACUCAUGAUGGAGGUGUGGGCUUCAGUAGCGUCGUGGUUUCUACGACCUGAGAUGGCUGGAGCCAGCGUGCCGCCAAUCGUGCCACAACCACCUCCGAUGCCCAUCCGACCUUCCCGGACGUCUUCGGAUCCCCCGCAAAUGGCCAUGCCUCCAACCAUAUGCACCGCCAUCAGAUGUACGGUACCGGGAUGCGUGUGCGAUUGUUUUACGCCCGGCAAACUUCACAUACGAUUCUGCGACGCAUGUGGACAUGGAUGGGUCCCACACGCUCUCGACAAGUUGGGAUUUGGUGGAGCUUCCUUGGGAAACGGGGCCGUGGAGCCCAUCCAACCAAACGUGGCUUUUGACAUCGCCAGUCUGGUACUAUAUGGUUGUCAGGCCCUGCCGAUAAGACUCAAAAUCUUGUUAGACCGAUUGUUCAGCGUUCUCCGUCAAGACGAAGUGGCGGCCGUGCUUAGAGGGUUCGGUUGGACGCACGAAGACUACGCCAGGGGUUAUAUACUUCAGGAACCACUCGGCGGUGGAAUUUUGGAACGUUGGAACAUAUGUAGCCCGGAAGAAGAGCCGCUUGUGCUUCAACAGUUUUUGAGAUUCGGCGAAACCCGAGCAGUUACACAGCAAUUGCUGUUGCAUGGCCUAGGUGCUGAUUUUCGGGCUCUUCCAGCUCUGGAAACUGACAUGAAACGGUUAAUGGAACGUCAGAAACAGCAAUUAAACAACGACCACAAGUCUGGAUUUGACAUUAAUAAGUUCCGGACACAAACGCCUCCCCCAUCAUUACCAUUGCUGCCGCUGCCACUACCGCAGCUUCCACCACGGCUUCAACUAGGAAGUUCACCACCAUCGCCACCAAAACCAGUGUUCGGGUUUGCCAAGCCACCUGGUGGACUACCGAUGCUGCAGCCCCCACCAGUCGGCAAUAAUGCGUGUAAUGGAGCCGGAUCGCCACCCGUUGGUAGCCCUACCAGUAGUGUGUCACCACUCAAUAAGCUGCAGAACAUGCAGCCAUUUGACUUCCGAAAGAUGCAGUCAGCUGCAUCUGGGUUUGGUGGUGGAAAGCCUUUGCAGGUCCCCUCGGGCCGACGGUCAAACAACUCAUCGGCUGACUUAUUACCACCGCCCCCACGCCCAAGCCAGCAGCAACAACAACAACAGCAGCAACAGCAACAGCAGCAGCAACAGCAGCAACAACAGCAACAACAACAAAAUGACUUCAACAACAAGUUCGGUCCGCCUGACAGUUUGGCCGGAAGUAGCGAAUUUGGCUCUGAAGACGGUGAUGAAGAGGAAGAAAACUCACAGAGUGCAUUAAAUCUCAGCAAAGACAGCUCUAUGAAAGCAUUACGUCCGCACCGAGGUCAUGUCCGCAAGACUACACAGCCAUUAAAGAGACAGUGGGGUUCGGCUGGACUGCCGUUAAACUUGGGCACUCAACUCAUCAACCCAGCUACAGGCAAAAAACGCGUGCAAUGCAACGUUUGCCUGAAGACGUUUUGCGACAAAGGGGCACUAAAAAUUCACUUUUCAGCUGUCCAUUUGCGUGAGAUGCACAAGUGCACUGUAGAAGGGUGCAACAUGAUGUUCAGCUCAAGACGUUCUCGAAACCGGCAUAGCGCCAACCCCAAUCCCAAACUCCACUCGCCACAUUUACGUCGGAAAAUCUCACCACACGACGGACGUAGCUCACAAGCUCACCACCCAAUGGUCAUAACUCCAUUACAGGCAUCUGCUAUGAACCAACUGGCGUUCGGAGCUUUUCCUCUAUUAACCGGCGGUGCUGAUUUAAGAGCCACCGGAUCCAAACAUAGUUCCGCGUCAGGCCUACAUCUGGCCGAAGAACUCCGCCGAUCUGCAGAAUUUUCGUCAGACAACAUGGAUGAGUACAUGGACGACGAAGAAGAUGGAAUCGUUGUGGAUGGAAAUGCUGUGGACGACGACGAAGAUGACUCUGAACAGCGGAGCGACAGGAGCUGCAAGCGGAUGUCUGAAGAAUCUGAGGAUGACGGUGGUAGCACCGCCGCCGAACCGCAGAACAACCACCAUCACCACAACAACAACAACAUAAACAACGACAAUAACAACGAUCGGCCACCCAUAGUGGCCAUCAAGAACGUGCACAAGCGGAAGAGCAUGAACCCGACGAGGUUCGCAGCCGCAGCUGACCUCAGCGACGAAGGUAUGUCUUGCACGGAUGAUUACGGUUCGGUAGCAUCUCCUAAGGACAACAAUAACGACGUGAAGCCUGCCGUCGUUAAGCUCGAAUCCAAUCUGACCGACGAAGAUGAUGGUUGCUUGAACCUGAGUAGAAAACGGUCAUCACCCAGCCCCGUGACGGCGAGUGGUGGCGGCGACGGUGAUGGAAUUGGCAGGCGGUCGGCGUCGGGUGGCGUUGGUGGUGGGUCGAGGGAUUCACUGCUGUCCGAAGAAGACGAUGGUCUAUUGGAAGAUGAUGAGGACUUGGACGACGACGCGGACGACGACUUGGAUUUGGAUGACGACGACGAGGAUGCGGAUGACUUGGACGAGUGUGACUCCGAUAGCGACGGCAACCACCGAGUGUACGGCGUGUUUGAGAACGGCCGGUUCGUGGCCACGGAUGACGUGCCCGUGGACAAGGACAACCCUCGCGCGUGCACGGCAUGUGGUAAGACGUUCCCUAACCACUUCGGUGUUAAAUCCCAUUACCAGCGUGUGCACCUCAAACUCAUGCACAAGUGCGUGGUGGACGGCUGCAAUGCGGCGUUCCCGUCCAAGCGAAGCCGGGACCGACACAGUUCCAAUUUAAACCUACACCGAAAACUGCUGUCCACGUCGUCGCCAUCUUCGUCGACGGAACCAACUCGGCAACAGUCCCGUCACCGUCAGCCACAGCCGCUGCCGGCCCAGAAGCAAUCACAUCAGCCUCAGGCCCCAGUGCCACCGCCACCGCCUGCACCGUCGCAGCAACACCCACAGACCCAUCCGGCACCCGCAGUAGCCGGCAGCGCCGCUACAACGGCGGCCAACAUCAUGGCAGCCGCCGCCGACAACCCGUACGGCAUGCACGCCGAGUUCCUGGCCCGGUUGUACGCCGACUCACAGCAACAGUUCCAGGCGUUCGCCGGUGGCAAUGGACUGAUGCAGGUGCCACCGCAGUUCGCCGGGGGUGCGCCUGUCGGUUCACCGUUCAGGCACUUGCCCGCCGCCGCAGCGGCGAUGGCCAUGGCGGCCGCGGCCAACGGCUGCAGCACGUCACCACCAUCCACCGCCCGGCUGGUGUACUCGGCUGACGAGGACCUGCCGCCCGCGCCCGACAAGGAGAACGGCAGCAUGUAUGCGUGCCGGUUCUGCAGCAAAUCCUUCCCCGACAAGAACGGCAUGCGCGAGCAUUACGAACAGCUGCACAUGCACGAAAUGCACCGGUGCAAGGUGCCCGGGUGUGGUAUGGUGUUCAGUUCGCGGACCCGGCGGAACGCUCACGCGGAGAAUAGCCACCAACAGCAGCAGCCGUCCCUGUCCGCCGGGGCGCAGGCUGCCACGUCGUGACCUCGACCCGCUCCGCACCAGCGUUUUCCUGUGCCGCCGCCCUGGUGGUGGUAGACGCCACACGAACGCGGUAAACUAUAAUAAUAUUAUAAUAUCGUACCGGUGUGGUACGAUAUGUUUUCAUUACGAUACUCUUAUUGGCCCCCACCUGUCGUGUCGCUCGUCUCCCCCUCCCCCUCUCACCACACCCACUAUUUUAUGUAUAUAUAAUAUCAUAAUCGAUCGCCUGUCGUAAAAUGUUUAAGAAUUUUUUUUCGUCGGUCUUAGGCUAUAAGGUAUAUACGUCAUAUAGAUACGUUCCAUGUAAAGCCCACGUAGCCCCGCGCACAUAUUUUAUUUAAAUCUUUUUACUUUCGUUCUGGUGCUCAAGUCAAACGAUUAAUCUCAUCAUCGCUAUGUGUACAAUAACAAUUGUGUGUAUUCGGUAAGUUUUUAUUCUAUACUCAUAUAUUAUACUAUAUAUUAUGCGAUCUGACUUAUUAUAUAACAUGUCCCCGCCACCCUCAACCCCAACAGUUUUACGAAGCGAAUUUUUAUUAUAUAAACUUUAUUAUAUUAUUACAUAUACGUAUACGAUGUAUGGAAAUAUGUGAUUCAUUUUUGUUAAUGUAUAUUUAUUAUAAUAUUUACUAUUAUUAUUAUUAUUAUUACGAUUUAUAUUAUUAUAAACGAUUAAUAUAUAUCGUCGUGGCUGUUCUACUUAAGAACGUUAUUUUUUUUUUUAUCGUAGAAUACAAUUCUUUAUUAUAUAAAAUAUUAUUUAGAAAAGAGUAGAGAAAAGUUCGCGUAAACAACAUACGACUAUUAAUUUUAAUAUAUACUUACUUGUACAUUGUUUUUACAUAUUAAAGGUUGUGUUUGAAUAUAUAUAUAUAUAUAUAUUUAUAUAUCAUAUAAAUCUAGUGAAAUAUCCUUUUGUAAAUAAGUAUGAGUAGUUUUUUAGAUACGUUAUUAUCUUGUACUACGCAAUAUAACAACAAUUUAUAGUGAGUUUUUAAUUAUUAUAUUAUUGUGUAUAAAUUAUGUUUUGUUUUUACACGUGAUACGCGUUAUCCGUUAUUGCAGUCGCCGUGCAUAAUAAUAUGUGUAAAUAAUAUUAUGUUAUAUAUAAUACGUCAUAGGCAUAUUAUAAAAACAUUGUAAGUUAUAAAUAUACACGCGUGUGUGUGUGUAUAUAAUAAUGAUACGCGUAACCAUUUCUCUCUCGACUUAAUCAAAAACAAAAAAAAAAUGCAAAAAAAAUAACUGAUAUAAGAAAUUUGAUAAUAUUUACUAGUCCUUAUCUUUUAGAGUGUAUUUUGUAGGUACGGCAAUAUUAUUGUAAUAAUAAUUACUUUGUACGUUUGACAAUAUAUUAUUUUAUAUAUUGUGCGUAUGUAAGUUUUUGUGCAGUGUAAUCGACAAAAAUAUAUAUUAUUAUUAUUAUUACUAUUA